CCUUUCAGUCGUCCAAUGUGUGAUUCUAAAUCCCAACAUUACCACCUUCAAUAACAUCACUCAAUCACAAAGUUACACACUUGGCCAAAAUUUUCUUGUUUCCCUCCAGGAAAUUGAUCAAAGCCCAUCAGGCCAAUGGAUACAAUGGUGACACUCAACAAGGCCAAAAGGGUUCAAUCCAUGAGGAAGAGGAAGGCAGCUCACAGUGUGUUCCUUCAAAAUCUUGCUAUGAAUUCACUGAUGAUAGUGGGGUGUGCCCUUUUAUUGUAUACACCCACAAAGCAAUUCUUGUUCCUCCAUCUCCCCAACGUGUUGUCGUGCCUUUCUAGUCCCAAGUGUGUUUUUGUCUUGGUCAAUGUCAUUGUGGUGUACCUGGUUGGAGAAUCAAGGCUCAACGGUCACGAGGGUUCAUCACGGAGAUCUUCUCUGAUCAGUGAUGUCUACUAUGAGUACGUUGGUAGAGCUAGAGCUCAAAGGGAAUUGGUCACGUCACCCUCGAUCCCGACUCAAGAAAAAUCUACCGAAGUAGCAUGCGAGGUGGAGAGACAGAUUGUCGCCGUUGACAAAGUUGUGUCGUUAGAUGAUGAAGUGGUGGCAGGCCAAACGGAAAGAGGGAUUGUUGUUGUCGAUGAUGAAACUACUUUAUUUGAGGAUGAAGCAGUGGAGAGCGAAUCGGCUAGUGAAAGUGUCAUCGUAGUAGAUGAAAUUACGACUUCAUUUGAGGAUGAUAUAGUUGAACAAGAAGAACAAAGAGUGAUUAAUGAAAAUGAGAAUAAUGAAGAGAAAGUUGAGGAGCAAGUAGAAGAUAAAAUAGAAGUCAUUGAAGAAAAAGGAGGAAGGGGAGCAGGGGAUGAGCUUAACAGAAGGAUAGAGGACUUCAUUGCAAGAGUUAACAGACAAAGGCAACUUGAGAUCCAAUCACUUGUUUCUUGUAAAGCUUGAAAAAAGUUUGUUGUCAAGUACAUGGCUGAUAUCUUGUGGAGACUAUUGUUUCUUUUCUUUUUUCCUAAAAAGAAAACAAUGUAUGGGGUAGUUUUUAAGCACCCAACCCUCUUGUUUUUUACAAAAUACUGAAAUAGUAGUUGUUUAUGGUAAGUAGUAAGUACCAUGUUGGAUAAUAUACUAAUUUUUUUUUUUUUUACAGGCAGAAACAUGUUAAUUACAGUAACGUGGUAAUUGGGAGAUCUUAAGAACCUAUAUAUAAGUUUUAUUGUACCUUCUUUUAUACAAAAUUUAUUUGCUAGUUUUGAAAUCUAUAAAGACCACUCAUGUUAUAUUCAAAUAUUAAUAUUUGGUUAGCGAGAUCUCCAGUAUUAAAGGAUCUUUUGGACU